UUCCUUUUUAUAACUUUUUAUAAUUCCGUAAAUAUUUGUAAUUUGAAAAUUGACGAGUUGAAACGAUUAAAAUCUGAGAAAAUAGCAAAAAAUACCGCGAAGAAAAUUCAAGAAAUCGAUGAAAUGUCAUUGUCCGAUUACGAUCAAAUUUCGGAGGAAGAUAAAAAUAUAUAUCUCCAAGCAGUUUUGCCAAUAAAAAGACAAGAAGCAUACUUGAGAAGAGCUCAAUUAUCUCAAAAAUUGAACGAGUUAAAAAGAAAAAAAGAUGAAAAACGUAUGAGUUCCAUCGAAUCAAAUUUUAAGAAGAAAAAAGCAAAACUAACAAUUACCAAAAGUAAACUUACAGUUUCGACUAAUCGAGACGAAUUAGAAUCAAAAACACUUUCUAGUAAGAGAGAAAUUGCUCGUAAAAAAGCUCUUACUAGUCCCAAACCAGAAAAAGAAAUGUUAGAUAUUAUUAACGUUAUGGAAGAAUAUCAAAACAAUCUAGAAGCUAUAGAAAAUGUAAUUACAAAGUUGUAUUCCACUCAGAGAAACCUUAAACUAGGUCAUUUUUACAUAUGGUAUAUUCAUGCAAGUGAUCCUUGGAACGAUAAAAUGAACAAUGUUGUAGUUCAUCAAAUCAAACAAAAUAAUUUGAUUGAAAAUGCUUUACGGAGAAUAGUUACCGAAAAGUUACAUUCAGAACCAACAAUUUAUUCUAUUCUCGCUCAUAAAGGUUUCGAAGUACCAAGAGUGAUUGAAAAAAAAUCUGAUACGUUUCAGUUGGUCUCGAUUGCGACUUUACACGAAAAGCCACCAACCGAAUCAUUUUCUAGUCACGCGAUGAAGGAUCCUGUUCAAUCAACAACAACAAAUAUCCAAAUCCAAAAUCAAACUAAAAGACGAAAGAAAAGUAAAACAAAAACUUCUAAAAUUAAUAUCGAAGAAAGUACAACAAAAAUGUCGACGGAAAGUGAACUUUUAAAUUUAAAAUCGAGCAAUAUCAAUUUAUAUCAGGAAGAAAUACUCAAGCCUCGAUUAAUUUUACAGUCUAACGAAAAGAAACAAUUCAAGCUAAGAUAUCAUCCAUUGGAAAUAGGAGAUCAUAAAGAAAUUUAUACUUUUUCGAUAGUUGAUAAUCCUAACACCACAUAUCGUAUCGAAGUUAAUGGAAUUGCGACUGUUCCUAAAAUUGACAUGAAUCCUCGCAUCAUUUUUCCAAAAAUAAUGGAGAAGAAAAUAGAUGAAACGAACGAACCUUCAUUUAUCUUGGAUAAUAGUAUCUUUGAUUUUGGAUCUUUGGUCUUACACAAAAAAGAUAAAAGAGCACAUCGUCGUACAGUGGAAUUUACUUUAAAAAAUUUAACACCGAUAGAAGCAGAAGUAUCAUUACAUUUCAAGGAUCACAAUUUGAAUGGAUUUAACGUUCAACCAGAAAAACUAAUUAUUCCUGCCCAUGAAAAUAAAAAGUUGAUUGUAUCAGCUGGUGUUACAAAACUUGGUCCACAUUAUAACAAAUUAUAUAUCUGUAUAAAAAAUAAUCCACACGUCGAAAUAAUUGAACUUCGAUGUUAUGGCAUCAAAUUAGAAGUUGAAUUGGAUGAAAAACAAUUAUCUUUUGGACGUAUACUUCUCUACAGGAAGGAAAAUCGUUUUAAUAAAAUUCUAAAUAAAUCUACAGUACCAAUUUUUUGGUAUUUUGAAUGCAAAGAACCUUUCGAUGAACAAAUAACGUUUACCCCAAAAGAAGGUAUUUUAUUACCUUUAAAAGAACAAAGAAUCGAAUUUUCCUACAAUGCUAGUACAAUAGGUGUAAUAGAAAAUGAAAUCAAUUUUCAAGUAUUCUUGAACGAAGACGACGAAGACCCUGUUCAUAGUGAAAUUAUGACAAUUUCUGCUGAAACUUAUGAUGUACUGAUUGACAUCAAUUAUGCUAAUCCAAUAGAUUUUAAAGUGGUCAAAGUCGAUCAUCCUGUAACUGCAUGUUUCACUAUAAAAAAUCGUGGAAAUUACGAAGUUAAAUACGUUAUAAAAUUCGACGAAAAUGUUAAACUGACCGAGAACGUAGCAAGACCGACAAACGUGAAAAAAAAUUUAGAAAUUGAUCCAACUUCUGGUUCGAUACAAGCACAAAAAACAAUUACCGUAAAAAUGACGUUUUUAGCAAAAAAUGAAAUUCACUUGAAGGAAGCACCCAUAUUGAAGUGUCACAUUAUCGACACAAAUAAUCAAGCUACGAUCGUAGCAGAAUUUCCAUUAACCGUUUCCCUUCUAGCUUAUUAUAACAGAUUCAAUUUAAAUCCUUAUCCUGAAAUAAAUUUUGGUACAAUCCCGAUUUCCUCUAAGAAGAUCAUGUAUCUUGAUAUCGAAAAUACAGGUGGCUUUACGUUCAGUUAUUCGAUUCAAAUUCCACCAAAAUCAAUUUUUUUUACUGAAAACGUGAGAAAAGAAGAAAAAACGUCGAAGAGAAAAAAUACAGGAAGAGAUACAGAAAUUGUCAGCAAACGGGAUAAAAAAUCGGAUAAAAGAGAAGUGAAUAUUAAUAAAACGUUGAAUAUCGGUCCGUUUGUUUUAACGAAAUUCGAAGGUGAAAUCGAGGCCGGUCAAAUCGAUACGAUAACCAUCGAAUGUUAUCCGGAAAUUGUUGGUUCUCAGGAAGAACAAAUUAUCGUUUUUGUUCCGGAUACAGUUAUGGAAUACUCGAAUGGGAAAAAAGUAACUUUGUGUGUUGAUUCUUGCAUUCCAGUGAUCGAUUUCACCAAUUUCGAUCUUAUGUUCCGAAACAAUCACAUUGUCGAUAAUAUCGAAGAUUUUGUUUGUCCUAAAGAGAUCAGUGCUCAUACGGUAUUUGCGCGUCAACCAAAGUGCCUCCAUUUUCGCCGUGUCACUAUGUCAAGCACACACACGAGUUGUUUCGAACUACACAAUAGAGGUAUCGUACCUGCUGACAUAGAAGUCAAAGCUUUCGUUAAAAGCCCUUCGAACGUGAAACCUACGACUUUCGUUGUGGAACCACAAAAGGAACGGAUACCAGCUCAUAGUCAUAAAAGGAUCAACAUCUCUUUCGCUCCUGCAUUGAUUGAUACUUACCAUGGCUAUUUAGAAAUUAAGUUGAACUUACCAAAACAUUUAGACGAAGAAAAAUUGAUAAUCGACUUAAUCGGAGAAGCCUGUGUACCGGAAAUCACAAUAACGGAACCACCAGCAAUCAGUGGUGUACGUGAUGGACCAAUCGUAAAAUUUCAUCGUACACUCGUUGAAGAAACGAGUAUAGAUAAAUUUGCUUUUCAAAAUAUCGGAUUGGUUCAAGCAAAUGUUAUCGUUGAAAUUUACGAUGAUCCCAAUACUAUCUUCAGUUUCUCACCUACUACUGAAACUCAAAUUCUUUUACGUAAUAGUUCGGAUUUUGUAGACGAUGUUCGAGACAAUCGUUACGUCGUUGUUCGUACGAUGCCACAAGAUGUUGCCAGUUUCGAAGUUAAGUUUUAUCCGAAGGAUAUUGGAAAAUAUACUGCUCGUAUACGACUUUUUGUUGUCGACAAUCCUUAUGAUAAUUUAAUAAUAAAUCUCGAAGGUGAAAGUUUCGUCGAAUUAAUCGUACUUCAAGAUUUAGAACUUUUGAAUUAUAAAUCCGACAAUCGUCGAGAAUUCAACAAUUCGAAGAAACAAAAAUUAUCGUCUACGUUAAGUUGGUUAACAGAUCCAAUACCACCGGUAUUUCUUUCCUAUAAACUGGAUUACGGUACUUGUCAUAUCAACAAAAUGUAUAAAAAGACAUUCAAGAUCAUAAACAAAUCUUUAAAUCGAUGCUUUCGUUUUCAAUGGACCGAACAUCCGAACGUUGUUUUCGUGCCAUCGAUUGGACAUCUUCAACAUUCAACGAGCAAACAAAUUACCGCUACUUUGCUCGAAUCCGAACCUAAGAAGCACGAUGGUACAAAACUCGAGUGUGUCGUUAACCAAAUCGAAAUGUCGAGCAACACGGGAGAAACUUCUUGGGACGAUAGGCAAACCAUCGUACAGUGGGAGAAAAUCGAUAUUGCUGAUAGUAAUAAGGAGGACAGCUUAUCGAAAAAGAGCGUGAAACCAACUAUCGAGCCAGAACAUAUAGCAAUACCUGGAACAACUAGGUGUAUAAUAUUGUUAAUGAAUGCAGUUGUUGGAUAUUCGGAAUAUUUUUCUACAGCAUCUGAGAUCAAUUUCAAAGACACUCUAAUGUUUCAAAAACGGGAAUACACGUUUACCUUAUCAAAUCCAAGCAAUGUUAAUACGGAUUACGUAUGGGUUAUAAAUAUGGAUGAGGAAUAUCCAAAACGUAUCUCUGGUAGUACGGUACGCCUAAACGAAAAAUCAAGAUCACGUAAAUCUCGCUCUCGACCAGGUUCUAGAUCAUCACGUGGUGUUCUUUACCCAGCCGAAGAGAACGAUAACGAUAAUUUACGUUUACAUCGUUGUAAACCACUUUCUAGUCACGAACCUUUUUUAGAUAUUAAACCACAUUCAUGUAAUUCCAAAGGAUCGGAUCUUUAUAGCAGCACAGCUUGUCUGACGGAUCGAAGUACCGACAGUUGGCUCGAAGGCGAGGAUCUCCCGUUCAAGAUAGUUCCUGAAACUGGAACGAUGCUGCCAGGAGAAUCUGUAGAAUGUAUUCUGACAUUUUCCCCUAGAGAUGUAUUCGAUUACAUGGCCUAUCUUAACUGCAAGAUAAAUAAUCUUAAUCCAAAAUUAAAAGAAUUGGUGAUACCUGUCAAAGCAAGAAGCGUCCUUCCUUAUUGUCACUUCGAUGUACCUGAAAGUGAUUACAUAAUUAGUGGCAAACGUGAUCAACGAUUACCAGGACCUAUUGGAUAUUCAAUGAUUGAUACGAUAGUAGAAAACAUCAGAGUAAUUGAAUUAAACGUCAUUGGUGUUGGUAAUGUUCACACAAAAAAAUUUCCUAUGAUUAAUCCUACGGCAGAUAAUUAUCAUUUUUCUUGGAAGGAUCACACUCCUUGUUCCAUUAACGAAAUUUCCAAUUUUCAAUGUUUAACAUGCGAAGGAAUUGCAGAACGUGGAAAACAAACUGAAAUGGUUUUCACAUUUUUAUCAACCGACGUUGGCAUUUUUGAAUCAUUUUGGAUGUUCUCGAUAGAACAAUACGAUCUUAAAUGUCUGUUUCUUUUUGUUGCAAUUGUUAAAGAACCUGUAAUUUACUGUACGAGUCUUCAUUUAAAAAUGAAGCCUACUGUUCUAGAUCUCGAAGUACAAGAUUCCGUAAGUAUAAUUAAUCAAGAAGAUUUUAAUAUUUCUUUUAAAAUAUCGGAAGAAAGUCUUUACUCCGAAGGACAUUAUCAAAAUAUUACUGUAACACCCAUGAAUGGUGUUCUUAAAGCAAAUGACCAGCAAACAUUUUGGAUAAAUUAUAAACCAACAUUAGUAGGAGAGUUUCAAUUUACCGUACAAUGUAUUCUGAAAUUUUUGAGAAAUCCACUUUCAUUUAUCGUAACCACCAUAACUUACAACAUAAUGCCUUGCGUCAUUUACACUAACACGAAGGGAGAGGAUAUCAAAUUGUUGGAUCAUCAAGACAAUAUUGUUGAUUUUGGCAAAGUAGUACCCAAAAAAUCUAAUGUCAUCAAUUUCAAAAUAAUCAAUUCAGGUAACGUAACAUUUUAUUACAUCUGGGAUGUUGGUAUGACAGCAGAGAUCAUAAGUAUGAAUGCAUACACAAUUUCCAUCCCUCAAAAGAAAGGUCACGUUACAAGCGAAUCUCACGCAACUUGUUGUCUCACUUUGAUAGCUAAAAGAAAAAUGUUCAUAAAGAAUCAUAGUGUUACCUUAAAGAUUUUAAAAGGUCCAACAUAUCACUUGAUCUUAAAAGCAAUAGUUAAUAAAUCUCCUAUAGAAUUGAGCUUUCGUCGUUACGAUUUUGGUCCCUGUUACGUGGGAGAACUUGAUUCGUCCCCUUAUCGAACCGAAUUGCGCGUGAGCAAUGGCGAGAACAAGCCCUUAGUAUUGGAAUGCAAGUUCGAGGAACGGCCACAUAUGUCGCUUAACCUGAAUGGAUUAUCUCAAGCACUAGCUGUUAAAUCCAGCAUCAGUAUUCCUAUCAUUUUUCGACCAUUACAGGAAACGAAGUACGAAGAAACCUUAACGUUUUUGAUCAAUUCUACUAUAGAAGAAAAUGUUAAGAUCAUUGGCGAAGGAAUCAUUUACAAAAUUCGUCUAGUUAAUCCACGUGAUAAAAUAAUCGAAUUGGGUAACCUGCCUGUACAUAAGACACUGAUAAAAAAAGUACCGGUGAUUAAUGAGGGUCGAGCAUCGGUUGAUUUGAAAUUCGAUUUAAUAAGCAAUCUAUCACGAGACAAAAGAUACUUGCAAAAAGUACCUCCUAUCUGUAUCGCAAAAUCGUUUGAUGAAAUUACCAAACCUCAAGAACUUGUAUCCCUGUUAGAAACCAAGGGAUCUAAUACAGAUAUCUUAAAUCUUAGAAUGGACGCGGUGUAUGCUACUCAAGCUUUGACUAUUGAACCUUCCGAAUUAACGCGAAUUCGACCUAACGAGAAAAUAGAUUUGACGAUAAAAUUCAAAGCAAAGUCUAGGAUGAAAAUGUUUACUGAGAAAGUUGGAGCCGCAGUUGACUCGACCCUUUUAUCUCUUUUUAUCCUUCGUGGUAGUUGUAUAGGACCAGAAUUUUGUUUAAACAAAACAUAUAUCGCUUUUGGUACCGUUGUUCAUGGUUGUAUUGGAGAAUCUGGAUUGGUUUUAAUGAACACCGGUGACAUCGGUGCAAAGUUUACAUGGGAUUUGUCAAAUCUACCGUUAGAUUUUACUAUUUCACCUAAAUCCGGCUACUCUUCUCCUGGUACGAACGUUCAUUUUAUCGUCAAGUUUGAACCGAUUCGGGAAGGAAAUGUAAUUGAAGGAUACGGAACAUUAUUGUUAAAAUUACCAGACAAUAAAGAUCCUUUAGUAUACUCUUUACGUGGACACAGUUUGCCACCACAAGCUAUAACUACAAUCAUACGUCAGUUUCCUGCAAAAAUGAGAUAUACAGAAUUAUUACCCGUGCAUAAUUGGAUGAACAGACAUCAACGAUUCAAAUGUAUCAUAGAAAACAUAGAAGAAAAGAAAUUGUCUUUAAAAGAAUCUAAUAAUAUUCCAAUGUACAGUUUUACUGGUAAUAAUAAUAUCGAUGUACCAGCAAAUAAUCAACGUGAUUAUCGUGCUAUUUUUCAUUGUUAUAAAGAAUCAUACUUCCAGUUCAAGAUCACAUUUAUUAACGAAGAUGGUGAAUAUCAAUAUUAUGAAAUACAAUACACCGUAACAAAACCGGAAGUGAUCGAAUCUAUCAAAUUAAUCACAAACGUACGUUCAUCGAUAUGUCACACAUUACAACUUCAUAAUCCAUUAAAGGAAAUUCCUGUAUCUUUUACAAUUAAUUGUCAACAUCCAGGAAUCACGAUUUAUGACGUUCCUACAACUGUCCCACCGUUGUCGAGUGAAUUUAUUACAAUCAAUUAUAAUCCGAUAUUAACGUCCGAAGAAAUGAUUGAAAAAUUAGAUAUAAAUUGUCCAGAACUUGGACAUUUUCCAUACGAAUUACGAUUAACUGCUUUACCUCCAGCUACAGAGAAAACUACGCAUGUAACAGCGAUGUUAGGAAAUUCUAUUAAAUUUGCACUUCCUAUAAAAAAUGUUACUUCGAAAAAAGCUGACUUUGUCAUCGAAGUAAACAACAAUAGUUUUAUUUGUCCAAAAAAGAUUGAUAUAGAAGGAUUAGGACAAGGUUCGAUCAAUGUUAUUUACGAGCCACAUGAUAUCGAAAAUAGUACGGCCACUUUGACAGCCACUUCAAAAUUGGCGGGCAUUUUCACGAUGGCUGAAAAAACGACAAAAAUGGUAACGAGGUUUCAUCCAACUCAUGGGGAGAACAUCAUACUACGUGAUGAUAGUACAGUUGCUUAUCGCUCAGCAAGCUUUGCUAAUUCUCUAGCAUUCAGUGAAAAGCCAUUACAACCUGGUGAAAUUUUCCUAGUUGAAAUAGAGAAAACUGAAAGCGGUUGGAGCGGUCACAUGCGUCUUGGUUUGACUUUAAUUGAUCCAGCCUCUGUUAAAAACAGUCUGCCACAAUAUGGCAUGCCUAAUCUUGUUAAACUAGGCAAUACCUGGAUCUUCGCUAUUACCAAAAGUUACAAUAUUUGGGAUAGCUUUGAAGGUAUCGCUGGAACUGGCUAUGGUGAAGGUAUUCCUAUGAGAGAGAAAAAACUAAUCACUGAUGGAGUAAAAGUUCAAACAUCUCGUGGUGUUAUACCAUAUAAUGCUCUUCGACCCAACGCUAUUGGAUCCCAUUAUAUUUUGCCUACCGAUGCUGGUAGUCGUAUUGGAAUUAUGUACGUACCACAAACUGGAUCAGAUACUGCUGAAAUGCAUUUUAUUAUUAACGGAGAAGAUCAAGGAAUAUGUAGUAAGGAUAUACCUUACAAAGCUGGACCAUUACGUGCUGUAGUAGAUGUUUAUGGUACUACGAAACAAGUGAGAAUAGUGCAACUAUACGGUGUGUCAACAUUACAAAGCGCCUGUAGAGAUGCUAUUUUGCAAUAUACCAAAAGGAACGCAGUAGAUUCUCUUCCACUUCCUCGGAUAUUAAAGGAUUAUUUACUUUACCAGUCGCAGUGAGAGUUAUAACAUUCCAUUCUAUUUUAUUUCCUUUUCAUUUCUUCUUUUUUUUUAUCUUCAUAUAUCAACUGCCAUUUCGUUUUUUCUUC